AAAUAUUUUUAUUGUGAUAUUCUGCAAGUACAUUGUCGGGGUCGGUACUAAAUGUUUGAUCUAUAAAACUACAUGCCAUGGCAAAAUCUGCUUAAAGAGCUUUAAACACACCCCUGGAAUGCCUCAAGACUACAUUAAUCCACUGAAACAUUCAGACUCAACACGUUACACCUCAACACUGGACAUUGUGUUUGACCUGUCGACUUUCAUCUGUUUAUAAACCUUUAAAACUGUGAUAUGGCAGAUCAGACGAAUUCUUCAUCCUCAGGUCUAAACUCCAUUGUGUUGUUGAAAGACUCCAACUUAUCAGUCCAGGACUGGACCAGUGAAAAGGACCAUGAGAAGACAGCCUCCAUCUUUCCAUCCCUCCAUCAUCCAUCCCUCUCUGCAGUGAAGGGGUUGGUGUAUUGGCAGGAGCCGAAGAAGUCAGCGCUAGUGUUCGGAGGCUCGAUGCUGGUGCUCACGUCUCUAGCCUCGUUCAGUGUCAUCAGUGUCGUAUCGUACCUGCUGCUCGCCCUGCUCUGUGUCACCAUCACCUUCAGAGUCUACAAGUCCGUCGUUCAGGCUGUACAGAAGUCUGAUGAGGGACACCCUUUUAAAGUUCUGAUGGAAAGAGAUAUCAGCAUCUCACCGGACACGGCCCGCAGGUACAUGGACAUAUUUCUGGUGAAAUUAAACACAGCUCUCGUACAGAUCAGAAGACUUGUGCUUGUGGAGGAUGUGGUGGAUUCACUGAAGCUUGCAGUUGUUAUGUGGUUUCUGACAUGUGUGGGUGCUGUCUUCAAUGGUAUCACACUUUUAAUACUUGCUGAUAUCAUCUUGUUCUGCACUCCUCUGCUGUAUGAGAGGAACAAAACCCAGAUUGAUGGUUAUCUGCUGCGUGUUCAGGCUCAGCUUGAACAGGAACUGGCAAAUUUGCUCUCUCUGUGCAGACUGCAAGACAAACUCCCUGGUCCCUUAAAACGAAGAAAAGCGGAAUGAUGGAUUCCUGUCAUCACAUCCAGUGAAUUACAGCAAUUCUUUACAUAUUAGUAAAAAGAAGCUGCACUCCAGUCAUCUUGAGUUUCUGUUAAAUCACUGAAGUUUGUUUGUACAGACAGACUUUACAAACUCAGUGGAUGUUAUAAAACUGCAGUCCAAUGUGUGACAGCGUGACUGCAAUAAACUGAGCUUUGAUGAACUGCUUCCCUGGUUCGUUUCUUCUGUUGUUUGCACAGUAAAGGUUACUCAUUUAAUCCUGCUUCCAACAGGUCA